GGUAAACAUAUCGGUGGUCAGCAUCAGAACUAAAAUAGCAAUAUUUGGGGGUCUAUUAGCAGGCUAUGCUCCUUAUUCAAUCCUUUUAAUGUGCAAUAUCGCGAGCCGGCCAGCUGAUAGACCCUCCUAUACUAUAUAAACUGAAUCGAACAAAAAAUCACUGCAAAUUGUUAGAAAAUCUUUCGCUGGCUCUGGGGCGCUCCAAUACUGGUGCUGUUGUUGUUGUCCUCUCUCUCGGCGCUGCCGCCAUCGACUGCGGCUGUACAAAUGCCGCGGCGGUUUUUCAGUGUAUUGCAUUGAGAGCGUGGACACUGCGUGGGAGAGAGAUAAGCGACUCGCGUCAGAGAGCGAACGAAAGAGAGAGGGUGAGCGACAGGGAGAAAAAGAAAGGCGGCGAAAGCGCGGGCUUAAAUACACAGGACGCAGCUGAGGCGCAGCCAAUGUGUUUGUGUGCUUCGUGCGGUGCGGUUCCCACUGUCGUUCCCCGAUUGUUUUGCGCUGGUCUUUUGUGAACAACCGAAAAUCGACUCCUGUUCUUCAGCAAUAAUCCACAACAGAAAAUUCUGUUCCUGUUCUUUACACAGCAAUUGCUAAAUCGUUAUCGAUUCGAUUCAUUUGAAUUUAUCCAAGUUCCGGAAGCAAAAAACAAAAAACAAUGUCGGCAGCCACAGAACAACAGAACAAUGGAGAUGUUGCAGUCGAGAAGGUGGCAGCGGACGAUGUCGCCGCUGUGAAGGACGAUCUCAAAGCAAAGGCCGCCGCUGAGGAUAAGGCUCCCGCCGCCGACGCAGCUGGCGAUGCGGCUGAUAACGGUACGGCGAAGGACGGCGAGGAUGCCAACGACGCCGCCGCCGCUGCUGCCCCCGCAAAGGAAUCAGUGAAAGGCACCAAGAGGCCUGCCGAAGCUAAAUCCGCCGAAUCAAAGAAAGCCAAGAAGGCUGCUGAUGGCGAUUCCGAUGAGGAAGAAGUUCUGGAAGAACUUAUCGAGGGCGACAGUGAAAUUGAGAGCGACGAAUAUGACAUCCCCUACGAUGGCGAGGAGGACGAUAUUGAAUGUGAUGACGAUGAUGAUGAUAACGAUGACGGCUCCGGCUCGGACGAUCAGGCGUAAUAAUAAUGUAGUCAAAAAUACAACAAAAACAAACAAAAAUUUAAAUUAAUAAUAAAUAAAAGUUACAAGCAAAAA